AUGGAUUCUUCUCAAUACAACCCGAGCUACGGUCAAUGGAAUCUUCCUUACUCUUCUCAUCCUCCUCCUUCUCCGCUCCUCCCGCCGCCACCGCCACCGCCGCUGCAUCAUCCUCCUCCUCGUCAAUCUCAUCCCGAGAGCCCUAAUUUCUACAUUCGAUCAAGCCAGAGCGUUGACCAACGCCAUGAUUACCACCAUUACUCUCAUCGCCAAGAUAUUCCCCCGAACCCGGCGGUUACUCAGCCGUCUUCUUCCUACUACCCUCAGCACCCGCCGCCGCAGCAGCAACAAUAUCCGCCACCGCAGCAGCAACAGCAUCUUCCAUACAUUCCUGAGCAAGUUGGCUAUGUGUCUCAACGGAUAUCGCAACCAUCGUCGAGUAUCCCAUGUACGGAAUCCCGAGAUAUCUCUCAGUCUGCUUGGGUUGGGUACAAGGAAAAACGACUUGAUUCAUGGAAAGUGGAUGCUUCUCAGGGACGAAUUGAUACAGCUCAGGGAAGAAUGGAUACAGGUCAGGGAAGAAUGGAUACUUCUCAGGGAAGAUUGGAUGCUAGUCGAAGCCGAGUGGAUCCGAGUCCAGGCCGUAACUAUCAGUACGACUACAACCGUUCGUCGAGGGAUUCAUCUGGUGUUAGCAUCAAUCGUGGUUUAGAUGGUAAUUCUAGGUCUAGAGAUGAGUAUCGUAGUCCUGGAUAUGUGAGAAAAGAAUCUGGAGCAGCUAGGAUAGAGGGGAAUUACCAACAUCGUGGUCAGUUAAAGCCAGAAUCCGAUACAUAUUUUAGGGGUUUAGAUGAGAGAAACAGGGGUUUAUCUUCAAGUGCUGGCUAUGGCAGUGAGCGUUAUGGUGUUACAGUGAGUCGUGAUAUGAAUAGGUCAUCAGCAAGUCAUGAAGGGGCUAGGAACCAGAGGUGGGAUGAAGCGCGUAAUGGAGGAAGGACUCUCUAUCCCCGGAAAAAAGAUGACUACUACCAUUCUGAGAUUGAACAACGUUUUGAUCGUGGAAGGAGAGAGGCGAGCAAUGAAUUGGAUCGAGCACCCAGGAAACAAAUGCAGAAGAAGAGUGCUCUGCUAAGGCUUGAGACUCCUAGAUCCCAUCAGAACGGCAGAGAGAAUGACUGGUCUCGGAAUCAUGGUAAUUACAGUGGGAAAAGGUUCAACUCUAACCCGUCUAGGGGUAAAGAACACUUGGGUUAUUCUAAUCGUGGUGUGGUGGAGAGGCCAAGGGGGAGAAGUCCAGUGGAUCUUGACGUUUCCUUUAAAUCGAAUGUUAUGGUAGCUAAGCCCGUAGCAUCACCUUCAAGUGUAGGCGUCAACUCGGGCUUGUCUAUGACACCUAGGUCUAGUAAAGCUAGAAGAGCAUUGAUGAGUGAUAAAAAUGAGAAAGAUUCAGUAGCUGAAGGAAAUGAAAAGCUGAGAACGCAUUUCUCAGAUGAGGCAUCAGUUUCUGAGGGCUCCAGACAGGCUACAAGGCAAACUACUGCAUCUGAAAUUGAAAAGAAACAUGAUAAUCACUCGACCCCGUCUACUAGUGAUGCCGGGGUUAAGCUGAACAAGGUCAGAUUUGUUGUUGGUCGUGUUCGGAACAGCAAAGUUAAAAUUACUCAUAAUAGUGAAGCAAAACUUCGUGAUACUAUUCGUGCUGCAGAAAAGAUGUCUAGUUUUUGUGAGGCUUCGAAAGAGGCCAAGGAUGACACUGAUGUCCAACAUGAUAUUGAUAUGGAGGUUUGCCUCACUGACGAUGAUGCUAUUGAUGAAGACAAAUGCAUGUUGAAGUCUCAUGAAGAUGUGUUGGACAGAAAGGGCACUGAUUGUAAUGCUGACGAAGCUCCUAUGAUGAAUGUCAUGGAGAAGGAAGAAACCGUGAAGACGACAAAAGUCAAUACGUCUCAUCUUGAAUUACCUGUAUCAUGUCCAAGAGCCGCUGAUCUUUCUUCGUAUUCUGGAGCAGGAACUCAUUUUGCUGCUAAGUCUAUUUGUGAAGUUGGGUCCCAACCUUGUCAAGAUGAAGACAUGGAGUAUAUACCAUCAAGAAAAUUACCAAUGAUGGAGGUAGAUGCUGGGGUUGAAGAGAGGAAAUCCAGUGGUUCGUCUGUUAGGUCUUUGGGUUAUGGAGAAAAGGAAUUUGAGAACUCAUCUCUAGACGCGUCCAUCUACUUUAAUAGAGAAGACCCUGGUGAUCAGGUGGUGGCGAAGUCAGAUAUCAGUGGUAUUGAAGAUGACAACAAGGGGAACAAUAAGAAUGUGGAUUCCUUAUCGCCUGAAAAUGACUUCCCUAGGGGUCCGCCCAAGGGUUUAAUUUCCUCUGCCUCCGUGGACGUUGCUAGUGUCUCAACAGAGCUUGCUAAUGCAAAAGAUAGUUUUUCAGGGCAUCUAGCUAAUGCUAACAGUUUUACAGUUGGGACACAUACCAAUACAAUGGUCAACUCAUCUGAUAUGUGUGUAGUUUUGCAGGUGGAAAGUAAAAAUCUUCCUCACGGUGAAAACGCGUUCAAUCAGUCAGUUGAGAAUGUUAACAGAAAAGAAGCCGUGGCUUUUAAUAGUGAUGCAGAAAUGGUUGAAAAUCUGGACAGUGAAGAUAAACAGACUUGUGUAAACGGUACUUCUUCAUCUCUUACAGAGGUUCCAGUAAAGGGAUCAUCAAAUUUGCCGCCUGUUGAGAGAACUGAUGGCUGUUCAUGUAGUAAUGAAUCAGAUUUAGCUAUGGCAGUACCAUCUGAGGUGUGUGUGGAAAAUGUAAGUUCCAAGAGACCUGUGCCUGAUGAAGAUCUGGGUUUAGCAUCUCAUCAUCCUGCAGAAAUUCCUUCUGUAGAUCAGUGUAGUGGUUUGAAAGCUUGUUCACCGAAGCCAAAUAUUUCUCUUAGCAAGGAUAUUACUGAUGGUUCAAGUGAGUGUCCUGUUGAGCGAGACGUUAGCCAAAAUGCUUCCACAACUUGUGAUAAUUUACCUAGCUCUUCUGCGUUUGUGAUUGAAAAAAAUCUUGCUAUUGGAGUUAAUGGCAUGUCAGCUGAUGAAACGGUUACUGAUGCUGAGUCUGGUCUCCAUGAAACUCAACCAUGCUCGACAGUGUGCAAGUUCUUGUCUGAAGAUCGUUUUGGAUGUGGAUCAUCUGAUGCAGCUGGUUCUGUUUGGAAUCUCUCUAUGGAAAAGGAUCCUUCAAAGGUCAAUUCUUGCUUAGUAUCUGAUAGUUCUGUCAGUCCAUCUCAUAUUUCUCCAUUGGUGGCAGUGAAUGAGCAGGUACAAAACAAAACAUCUAUUCAAGCGAACUACAGCGAUUCACAAGGUGGUAUCGUGCAUGGGGAAAAUGAUUGCGCUGAAAACAUUAAGGCAGAUACAUUAAAAGAGAAAACAAAGCCUUCUGGUGGAACUUCGAAGUACAGACCUACUGGAACUAAUACUAUUCCUGUUACUGGGGAUUCGGUGUUUCCGUGUGAUUCGUUGUCCAGCUCACCAAGGCAGAGCUUGAGACAGAUACGGAGUGAAAUUCAUCUUCCACGUGAUUCUCGCUCCAGCUCACCAAGGCUGUACAGAAAGAUACGGAGUGAAAUUCAUGUUGCUUCUAUGGUUGAUGAAACUAACAAUUAUAAAGAGGAAACAAAGCCAUCUGGUGGAAAUUCGAAUUACAGAACUCCAGAAACUGAUGUUGCUUUUAGUGGGGACUCGAUGUUUCCAUGUAAUUCUUUAUCCAACUCACCAAGUCUGAGCUUCAGGCCGCUACGGAGUGAAAUUCAUGUUACUGCUAUGGUUGACGAAACUAGCAAAGUUAAAGAGAGUCAAAAUGAGGGUAUUCUGUUAGAUACUUUACAAGAGCAGAUCAUGACCUCCCAUGAGGUAACCCAGCCUGGUAGUUCUGUGGCGCAUUCUCCUUGCUUAGGUCAAACAUCACCUGGUUCGUAUGUUGAUUCUUAUAACCACACCAUGUCAAAGUAUCCUGGUGGUGAUAUAGUUGAGAAGCCAAAUGGUGAUCCAAUAGAGAAGCUGACUGAUGUUGGCUCCCAAGAAAAAUACUCAGGCAGUGCUAAGAUUGAUAUGUUUGAUGCUGAAACAUUGUCAUCUGAUGGAAAAGUUUUUGGAACUGAAAUUAUUGGUGAUUCAGGUGUUCGUCUAUCUAGAUCACAUGUCAAAGAUCAUGUAGUCUCUGUGCCACAUCAGGAUUCCCAAAGUAAGACAUCUCUGAGUUCUAGGUCUGAUAUAGAAAGGAGGAAGAAGAAAUCCGAUUACUCUGCUCAGAAAAGUUAUCCCCGUUCCCUGCCUUUUGUGCCUACCACUGUGAAAAAUGCUAACCCGCCAACUCAUAUCACAAAGCGUCACACUUGGCAUCGAAAGUCCGAUACUUCUGCCUCUCCUUUUGUAGCUGCAAAGCCUUUGUCUACGCAACAGAAGUUUCCACUAAUGACUGCCGAAUCUGGUAGAAGUUACGUACGUAAAGGGAAUAGUCUUCUUCGAAAACCCUCGUAUGAUUCUUCUGGUGUUUCCCUUGGACUGCCUCCAUCUGCUAUUCAGUUAAACCGCGUCGAAGACAAAAGCACGGGAUCUGCCAGUAGGGUUGAUAUAGGUAACGCUUCCUUUCUUGUUAAAACAGGAGAAAUACCCACUCUUGAGAGGCAAUCAAAGCCUCCCUCAGACAGCAGCACGUCCAAAGUAUCAAAUGCCAUUGCUACUUCUUUAGGAAAAUGUGCGUUAACUAACAGCAUGGAUCCCCUCACCACUGGUUUACCUGAGUCUAUCAUGGAUUCUUCUACAUCUGGAGAAGCUAAUGUUCAACACUCUAGUGGGGAUACAUUCAAAACAUCUGAGGCACUAAUUCAGACAGGCUGUGCUUCAGAUUGCCAGCAGAAGAAAAAUCCUCCUAAAUUGGAUUCAUCAAAUUUGCAGAGAAUGAUAUAUGUCAAAAGGAAGGCAAAUCAGUUGGUUGCAGCUUCGGAUAUUCAUGGUGCAAGUAAAAACCAGAUUCACCCCUCUGAUGGCUACUUCAAGCGAAGUAAGAAUCAGCUAGUAAGGACUUCAGAGAGCCGUGCCAAUCACUCACCUGAUGAAGCAUUACAGUCACGACCAGCUGCAACCAUGGUUCCGAAAAGAUCAUCUAGCUCAGCAUUCUCCGACUCUGCUGUCACGAGACCAUAUAAGCAGUCAAAAUUUUCUCUGGUUUGGACGCAAAAUGAUCCAAAGUCAAGAAUGCCUAUAAGUCACAUGCGCUAUCAGAGGAUCUUGCCGCAACUUGUUCCUUGGAAAAGAGUGACAUACUGGAGAAGAUUAAUGAAUUCAGUGUCUGCUAUGCGAAAUGGUUCUUUUUCCAACAUCAGUCAAAAGUUGUCGAUGACGAGGAAGAGACAUACAGUUUACACAAGAUCAACUAAUGGGUAUUCACUUAGAAAAUCCAAGGUAUUAAGUGUUGGUGGGUCGCAUUUAAAAUGGUCAAAGUCCAUUGAGAGAGACUCGAGAAAAGCUAAUGAGGAAGCCACCUUGGCUGUGGCUGCAAUUUCAAAGAAAGAAAGUGAAAAGCAUUCUGGACAAAGUAAUACCAGGACGACAAGCAGAAACCAUUUGGCUCGGGAGCGUGUUUUCAGGUUUGGUUCUCUUCGCUAUAAAAUGGACUCUUCAAGGCGAACUCUUCAGAGAAUAUCUGAUGUUGAUUCACCGUGCUCUGGACUUUCUGAAAAUGGGAAAGGUGCAAAAAUACCGUUUAUCCCAAAUAGAUUGGUGAUCGGCAAUGAAGAGUAUGUUCGUGUGGGAAAUGGUAACCAGCUUGUCAGGGAUCCAAAGAAACGAACUCGUGCGUUGGCAAAUGAGAAGGUCAGAUGGAGCCUGCACAAUGCUCGGUUGCGGUCGGCUAAAAAGAAGAAGUACUGCCAGUUCUUCACAAGAUUCGGGAAAUGCAACAAAGAUGACGGAAAAUGUCGCUACGUUCAUGACCCCUCGAAAAUUGCAGUUUGCACCAAAUUUUUGAAUGGAAUGUGUGCCAAUGCAAAUUGCAAAUUGACUCACAAGGUCAUUCCAGAAAGGAUGCCUGAUUGUUCUUAUUUUCUGCAAGGCCUCUGCAACAACGAGGCAUGCCCAUAUAGGCAUGUGCAUGUCAACCCAAGCGCCGCUAUAUGCGAUGGGUUUUUGAAGGGGUACUGUUCAGACGGAGAUGAGUGUCGGAAGAAGCAUUCCUACAUCUGCCCGGAUUUCGAAGCCACUGGAUCAUGCUCUCAAGGAUCGAAAUGCAAGCUCCACCACCCGAAGCACCAAAGCAAAGGAACGAAAAGGAAGAGACCAAGCGAGCCUUCUCAGAAAAAUGCCCGUGGUCGUUACUUUGGUUCGCUUCAGAAAGGUCUUUCGGAGGCUGAGCCAAUGGUACUACUCGAUGGACGUUCUACUGACAGUGAAGCUUUUGGUAUGGAAGGCCUCGACUUUAUCAUCCUCGGCGCCGCUACUGAGUACGAAUCCGGUGAUAACAAUGAUACAGCUACCGAGCAAUCUGUCUCCAGUGAUAAUGAAGAACCGGUUUCCAUAUAUAAUCUAAUCAGACCAGUCGCCUUGAUGCAGUGA